AUGUUUUGUCAAAAAAAGUGUUGCUCUGGUGGAAUUCGAAAUAUUGGCUCAAUUUACUGGAGAAGACUAUUUCACAGAAGCUCCGUACGGUGGGAAUUAAAACGUCUCUCAUCACAUCAUAGACUUAUAGGGAAAACUCUUUGGAGAUAUUUUAAUGCGCCUGGUAAUGUCCUGUUUGUGACUACUAAUAUGCUGACUUUAACUACGUUAUACACAUAUUCAAUAUUUUCCAGUUAUUCAAGGCGAAGUUAUGUUCUAGAUUCAUUACAACAUGGAUUUCCAAUUGAACGAGAUGUUGGGAUUAAUGUAGGAACAGAAGAAAUGAUAAAUGAAAUGUUUGAUAAUGAGAUUCGAGAGCCAUCUAAUGGUGAAGAAGAAGAGAUUCCAAAAAUAGAUAAUGAAUAUGGUUGUGCUGAAGAGGAGCCAGUAUGCAUAGACGAACAUGAAAUGCCAGAUCCAUGCCUUAUAUAUACUGAACCUGAAGUUUCCGAGCAUAUGGAACCUGUGACGCCACACUCACGUUUUGCCAAGAUGUCACUGUUUUAUCUAUUUUAUUCAUAUCAUCUUUUCAAGGAUAUUCGAAGGCAAGUGGAUGGUAGCAAGUCAACUCCUGCAGAGCAGAACGAUAGCUAUUGGCACGAACAAAAUUUACAGAACAGGUCUGAAGAUGUUUAUAAUUCGGCAAAUAAGUCCAGUCAUGCAGAAGAUUAUAUCGAGAACGAUUCACCCUUGCAGUUCUACGAUAUAUGGUUAACCGAAUUUAAGCAGUCGUUCAAAAAUUUAAGCAAAUCACGACAAUUCCAUCUGCUUAUUUCAAAAGAUUUUCCUAAUGAGUUGUCAAGUUUCUUUAGAACAUUAGAUGCAAAUCCCAUGAACAGUUUUGCAGAUUUUUUUCAAAUAUAUCAGUCGAGCACAAGUAUCGAGGAUAAGAUACUGUUAUCCUCAUGGUUUUUUGAUUACGGUCAUCACCUUAGCAAAUCAAACUGUGUCAAUACAGAAAAGCUGUAUUGUACUCUAUUUGACAAGAACUUUAACGAUGAAGACUUCGAAAAGUAUGCAUCCAUUAUAUUCAGACCUGAUGAUCCCCAUAGAAAACUUUUCUUCGGGAGUAAACCGUAUUUUGGCCUCCAGACAGCAUCCUUGGAGUCCAUACUCCAAGUUCUUAAAACUGCUUUGAAAAGUAAUGAUCCACAUAAGAAUGACUAUAUCAUUAAGUUAAUGUCACUGUUGAGAAAACACUGUUAUUAUAAUGUCAGUUCGAAUUCAGUAAGGAUCCUUUUACCCAAUUCAGCACAUGAAGAGAAAAUCAGCAUGUCUCUUUGUGAACAGCGCCGGAAAGAGUCCUACCAAUAUAUAGCAAAAGAUCCAACAGCAUUGAGACUUUUAUCCCAUAUUACCAAGGGGGGAAUGAGACAAAGUCAGAGAGAUGAAGAUGGUGAGAAAAUGUCAAUAACAAAAAAUUAA